AUGCGAACUGCUUCUUUCUGCGCAGAACCUCCGCUUGAUCGUCCAGCAGCCUCAGACCUUCCUUUCUAUGAGGGGGUACGGAAGGCAGAUGCCCGGAAACGCAAGGCCCUUCUCAACGAUCGGGAGAAGAAAAGACAAGAAGGGCUUCUGCGGAAGGCUCCGGGUGGGAAACGGACUGCGUCCUCUCCGCCUGCUGGUGCUCCAGCAAAAAAGAAGAAGAAGCUGAGUAAAAAAAGUAAGGGUAAGGCAAUAAAAAUCCCAACUCCUCCAAAAGAGUUUGUACCCCCUCCCAUUGGCUAUGAAAAAGAAUGUAAUAUUGAAGAGCCGGAAAAUCCUCUCCCGUCCUCUGUCUCAACCACUUUCGAAUUUAUUAGGGGCCUUAAUCUUUCAGGGCCCUCGGUGGCGCCAGACGUUCGGAUGGCUCUUCUGGCUGAGGAAGCAGCUUCAAUAAAUCAACCCGGCUCAGCUCACCCGGAUGAGGUUGCCGACUUGCCUCCUGUUACACCCCCAACAGGAGAGAUGGGGGCAGAUAGCCAGGAGUUGCCUGUACAUGAGCCAAGCCCUCGUCCUCUUGUGCCUGUGAAGGGGCCAACUAGGAGAAGUUGCGUCUGGUAUCGAAGUCAGCUGUUCAUCCGUCCCGGAGGGUCAUCCGGAAGGCGAUGUAGUGGAGAUGACGGAAGAGAGCCCGGCCGUCCAGCGCUGGUGCCGGCUGAGGUUCCAAUUCUGGCUCCGGCUGAGGUUCCGGUUCUGGCUCCGGCUGAGGUUCCGGUUCUGGCUCCGGCUGAGGUUCCACCCAGAGAGGCCCAGCCGGUUGAGAAUGUUGAAGGUGUGGUUCCGGAGGAGGAAUCACUCUCUAAUGCCUCCUUGGGAGAGGGUCCUUUUGAUGAUGCCACUUUCAUCCCUGCUAACCCUUUCAGUUAUGCGGAGAUGGAAGAGAAGCUAAAACAGAUUCCCUCUGUUGCAGACGCUGGGGUACCUUCAGCCCUGAUGUUCGAGACAGUAGAGAUGCUGGUGAGUGGCCUUCGCGGUAUGGCUCUUCAACGCAAUCUUCUUUCUGACCUGCUGGAGACUGCUGAGUAUACAAAAUCUUUUGUGUCUCAGCGAAAAAAUGAUGAAGAGAAAUUGCGCUUGAGAGUGGAGCAGGCUGAAGCCAGUUCAUCUACUGCUCGAGAGGAGAACAAGGUUCUUCGGGAGGAGAACGAGGUUCUUCGAGAGAAGAACGAGGUUCUUCGAGAGGAGGUUGCUGAGGUAAAGAGCCGGGAGGAUUCUAUGGAAGUUCGCCUGUUUGAGGCGGAGGAGGAGAUGGCUCUUUUGAGGAGGGAGGUGAGGCACCUCCGGACAGAGGUGUCUAUUGAGAGACGGCAGAGAGAAGAGUUGCAGUUGCGUUUGUCAACGCAAAAGGAAGAGCUGGAGGGUGAAUUUGCUGCGGAGAGGGGGGAACUUGAAGCGGAGUACCAGAAGCAAGUUGAUGAAAUGUACUUGUUCGGCUACCGCUGUUGUAUGAAGAAACAUGGCAUCAAACGGGACGUUCCUUCAAUUCCUCCGGGUGAAUUGGAGAAACUGCACAGCAAACCUGCUCAAUGA